AUGGUCCUUGCCAACCGCCUUUCGCAGGUGCCUGAGUUCAGAGUUCUUGUCCUUGAGGCUGGACCUGAGCCUACGGUCGUCAUCAACUACGAGUCUCCUGGCGGCAAUCAGGCACUCGGGGGCACAGCCAUAGACUGGAACUUUUACACUACGCCUCAAGAGCACUUGACUGACCGAGUUCUCUUCUAUCGCCGAGGCAAGGCUCUAGGUGGCAGCUCAACCACUAACGGGUUGUUCUACGGACGAGGUAGCGCCAGCGUCUACGACAACUGGGUCAAGCUCGGUAACCCUGGCUGGGGAUGGGAAGAUCUCUACCCACUCGCGAUUAAAUCAACGCAUUUCAAUCCACCAAUCGACAACCCAGAAUGGGAUCAUAGCUACACCACAUGGGAUCCUUGCGCCUACGGUGAAGGCCCACUCCAGAUCGGCUACCAAGGCUACGUCGCCCCUUCUUGCAUUGGCUUUAUCGAGGCGUGCGAGGUCAUCAACAUCCCGAUCGUCGAAGAUCUCAACAGCGGCAACAAUACAGGAGUGAAACAAGGAACCGGUAAUUUAGACGGGAAUUUGAGACGCAGCUCGGCUUUCGACAGCUAUUACCAACAAGCCAAGGACCGGCCCAACCUGGACGUACUCCACGACACCUGGGUCGAGAGGAUUCACUUCGAGAAGACCGAUAAUGGCUCUUCUAGAGCUACUGGUGUCCAAUUCACAGACCAAUUGACUGGAGAGUUCCACGUCGUUCACGCCGCAAAAGAGGUGAUCUUAUCGAUGGGCGCGUUUGCUUCGCCACAGAUGUUGAUGUUGUCGGGCAUCGGACCGCAGGCUGAGCUAGAGCGAUUCAACAUGGACCCCGUCUAUGUGAACGAAAACGUUGGACAAAACCUCAAUGACCAUCACGUGUUCAGCAUCUAUGCAAAAGCAGAAGAAUUCUCAAGCUCGAGCAGCAUGUACGAAAACUCGUCUACUCUGGAAGCAGCAAGGGAAGAGUUUUACAGGUCACUGUCCGGCCGCUGGACGUCGCCCUCGGGAAUUACAAACGCUUUCCAAAAGAUGACAGAGGAAGAGCUCCGUCGCAUUGGCGCCGAUGCGAUUAUCGAAGCUGGUCUCCUCAAUCAAUCGCACAUGGAGUUUCUCUACGAGAAUCAGUUUUAUCCAGGCGGGCCAACUUUCUUUCCUGACACCGCUCAGGUAGCUGCAGACACAGGCUCUUACUAUUGGCCUCAAGCCAACGAGUCCUACUUCUCGCUUACGGCCCAGACACUCGUGGCUCUCAGCCGCGGCAACAUCACUCUCAAGUCUACCUCCGCUUAUGAUGACCCGAACAUCAACCCCAACUACUAUGCCGAUGCCACUGACCGCAGCAUCGCAAUUAAAGCUUUCAAAGACCUCCGCAGGCUGCUUGCGCACCCUGCGCUCUCCGUCUUCACUAUCGGCCCUAACAACGGCGAGGUGUGUCCCGGACACGACCAUGUCCCCGAUGACGCUGAUGACGACACGAUUUUCGAAUACAUCAAAGCAAACACAAUUCCCAACUGGCAUGCCAGUGGUACGUGCCAGAUGCUGCCGGAAGAAAACGGCGGUGUGGUGAACUCGCGGCUGCAAGUGUAUGGAGUUGAGGCGCUACGGGUGAUUGACGUGAGCAUUAUCCCUGUGUUGCCGGAUGUUAAUGUUGCGGGCCCAGUCUACAUGAUAGCUGAGAAGGGAGCGGAUAUCAUCAAGGAGGACUGGGGCGUUGCUGGAAAGGGCGAUGACUAG